CAAAGUCCUCAUUACUGAUGCCCAGCCACCAGAAACCGCUCAAAGUGAAUAUCUCGCGCACGCAGACAUACGCACGCCCAGACAGAGUGAGGGAGCGAGAGAGAAAGAGAUAGAGAGAGAGGAUGGAGAGUGAGAGAGAGCUGCAGAUUUACUUGGCGAGACUUGCAGAGCAAGCCGAGAGAUACGAUGAGAUGGUUGAAGCAAUGAAGAAAGUUGCAAAGUUGGAUAUAGAAUUGACAGUGGAGGAGAGGAAUCUACUGUCUGUAGGUUACAAAAAUGUCAUUGGAGCAAGAAGGGCAUCUUGGCGGAUAUUGUCCUCCAUUGAACAAAAGGAGGAGGCAAAGGGAAAUGAGCAAAAUGUGAAAAGAAUAAAGGAGUACCGGCAGAGGGUUGAAGAUGAGCUCGCAAAGAUCUGCAAUGACAUAUUAACAGUGAUUGAUCAACACCUUCUACCCUCCUCCACCACAGGCGAAUCAACAGUUUUUUACUAUAAGAUGAAAGGAGAUUACUAUCGCUAUUUAGCUGAGUUUAAAGCCAGUGAAGAUCGCAAAGAAGCUGCAGAUCAGUCCCUUAAGGCUUAUGAGGCUGCUACUUCUACUGCAACCUCAGACUUACCCCCUACUCAUCCAAUCAGACUUGGCCUGGCUCUGAACUUUUCUGUUUUCUACUAUGAGAUUUUGAACUCCCCUGAAAGGGCCUGCCACCUGGCCAAACAAGCAUUUGAUGAAGCAAUAGCAGAACUUGAUAGCCUCAAUGAAGAAUCUUACAAGGACAGCACACUUAUCAUGCAGCUUCUGAGGGAUAAUCUCACUUUGUGGACCUCAGAUCUGCCAGAGGAGGGAGGUGAGCAAUCUAAAGGUGAUGAACCUCAAGCUGAGAAUUAGUUGGGAAGCGAUCGAUACUUUCAGACUGGGUUCAUCGGAGAGGAAAAGGUGGCAGAGUGGCCAUUUUAGUAGGUAAUACAGGGAUUGGUGGACCAUUGGUCUUGUAUCUAUUCGCUUCGAGCAGAUUCUCCGAGACUAUUGAUGUCUUCUUUGCUUUAGAACACAACUGAACUUCGCUACUUGCAUGUUUGUGUUGUACACUCUUUUAAAUCCAUUGCCUUAACCACUGGUAUGCCUACGCAACCAUGCCACAUUAUUCCUCAAAAAAAAAAAAAAAAUGAAAGGGGAUGCCAGUUUAGCUCCCCCUCCCCCUUUUUCUCACUAAAGAAAGUUUUGGUCUCACAAGAUGA